CUUUAUAAAAUAUGGUCAAGACAAAUAAAUACAUUGAAGACAGUGAUGACGAGGACUUCAAGCCUACCAAGAGAGUAGUUUCUGAGGAUGAAGAUAGUGAAGAAGAACCUUCUUCCAAAAAACCCAAAAAGGCGGAAAAAGAAUCAAAAGAAAAAUCCAAAGGUUCUUCGACACCUGAUGAAAGUGGAGCAGUAUUUGAGCUAUCAUCCAAGCGUAAGAUCACCGUCAAAGCAUUCCCUAAAGGAGGUGCAUUUGUAGACAUCCGUGAGUUCUACACGGAUAAAUCUGGCGAAACUAAACACGGAAAAGGCAUCUGCCUUCCUCUUGCCCAAUAUAAGAUUCUCAAAGAUCUUAUUCCAAAGAUUGAUGCUGCUAUCGAAAAGCUCUAAAGAUUAUUCCCUUUGCUUCGUAAUCAUAUAUAUUCAGCACAAACUUAUUGUAAUAUAAUCAGUAUAUUUGCCGUUGUUCAAUUAAUAAACCAACUAAUAAACCAGCAUUUACAAAACC